AUGCCUCUCCGGCUUUUAAAUAUCCUGCAGCUGGUGCUCGUUCAGACCUGCGUAGCCUCAGGAUCGAGGCCGCGUCUGGAGGACAGUCCACCACGGAUUGUGGAAGACCCAUCCGAUUUGAUUGUGUCCAAAGGAGAGCCGGCCACGUUGAACUGUAAAGCUGAAGGGCGUCCAACGCCCACUGUUGAAUGGUACAAAGAUGGCGAGCAUGUGGAAACGGACAAGGACGACCCACGGUCACAUCGUAUGUUGCUGCCUAGUGGCUCCCUAUUCUUCCUGCGCAUCGUCCACAGUCGGCGUAGCAAACCAGAUGAAGGUGUCUACACAUGCGUGGCCCGCAACUACCUGGGUGAAGCAGUCAGUCGCAACGCCUCACUGGAAGUAGCCAUUCUCAGGGAUGACUUUCGCCAGGCUCCAAACGACGUUGUCGCGGCUGCGGGAGAGCCCGCUGUGCUGGAAUGCGUUCCCCCUCGUGGACACCCAGAACCCACCAUCUACUGGAAGAGGAAUAACAUACGGCUGAGCGACAAGGACGGAAGGAUCUCGAUGCGAGGUGGCAAGCUGAUGAUCUCCCACACCAGGAAGAGUGACGCAGGCAUGUACGUGUGCGUGGGGACUAACAUGGUUGGCGAGAGGGACAGUGACCCCGCCGAGCUGGUGGUGUUCGAGCGGCCGGUAUUCAUACGGAGGCCUGUAAACCAGAUCGUCAUGGCAGAUGAGAUGGUGGAGUUUGUGUGUGAGGUGCAUGGUGAUCCAGCUCCCACUGUGCGUUGGCGCAGAGAGGAGGGAGAGCUCCCCCGUGGCAGGUUUGAAAUCCGUAGCGACAACAGCCUCCUCCUCAGCAAGGUCCGAGAGGAAGACGAGGGGACGUACUCGUGCAUGACCGAAAACAGCGUGGGGAAAACCGAAGCCUCCGCCAUGCUACAGGUCCAUGUGCCCCCGCAGAUAUCCAUUCAACCCCAGGACCAAAUCUCUGCCCAGGGACGAACCGUCUCCUUCCACUGUGGCACUAAGGGCAACCCCCCACCUGCAGUUUUCUGGCAAAAGGAGGGAAGCCAGGUCCUGCUGUUCCCUGGCCAACCGCCCACGCAAUCAGGACGGUACUCGGUGUCAAUGAAUGGUGAGCUGAGCAUCUCAGACGUCCGCCCAGAGGAUGCAGGGUACUACAUCUGCCAGGCCAUCAGUGUGGCGGGGAGCGUUCUAGCUAAGGCCCUGCUGGAGGUGGAGGCUGGCCCAUCAGACUUCGUCCCACCAAUUAUCCGCCAAGGCCCAGCCAAUCAGACUCUGGUUUCAGGCUCCAGUGCACAACUGGAGUGCCAUGUGAUGGGCAGCCCACUCCCAAGCAUCAGGUGGGAGAAAGAUGGCCUGAGGAUUCUGGGAAAUGACGCCCACAUAAGCCUAAUGGAGAACGGCACUUUGCGCAUCACUGACUUGAAGGAGACGGACUCAGGGAUAUACACCUGCAUUGCCUCCAGUUCCAGUGGGGAAACGAGUUGGAGCGGGACCGUGUCCGUGCGAGCCGGCGGAGUACACUCUGCCCCACGGGUGCCCCAGUCCCUGCAGCUGCCCGGCCCCCCCCACAAACCAGUGGUGACCGACGUGAUGAGGAACAGUGUCACCCUCACGUGGCAGCCCAACCCACACGAAGGAGGCGCUGCCGUUACCUCUUACAUUAUUGAGGCUUUCAGCCAAUCCGUUAGCAGCACCUGGCAAGUAGUGGCUGACCAGGUGAAACAGGAAAAACAUACAGUUACCAACCUUUACCCCAAUACCGUCUAUCUGUUCAUCGUCCGUGCCGUCAACUCCUACGGACUGAGUGAUCCCAGCCCUAUCUCAGAGCCAAUCAGAACCCAGGGUAUCAGUCUCACUGAUGAGGGGCUGGACCACAGACUUCUGCAGACAGAGCUGGAGGAGGUUGCCGUCCAUCUGGAGACUCCAGUCAUCCUUAGUCCCACCAGUGUUCAGAUCUCCUGGACUGUUGAUCGGCAAACUCACUUUAUUCAGGGCUACCGGCUUUUGUACAGACCAGUGGGAAGUGGCUGGCUGGUUCAGGACAUAGGGGUAGGGGGAGAACACAGAACCGUCCUGUCAGAGUUACAUGAAGGCACAGAGUACGAAUUCAAAAUGCGGCCGUACUUCAACGAGUUCCAGGGUGUCGACAGCGAAAUGGCGGUGGUGUAUAUGCCAGAAGAAGUGUUAAGUGCUGCCCCUCAGUCUGUGAGCGUGAUGCAGCUUAGUAACAGUACAAUUGUUCGUGUAUCCUGGGAACCCCCCUCCUCUCAUAUACCGCAGGAAGCCAUUCAAGAAUACAUGGUCUGGUGUAUGGGAAAUGACUCCCAAAUGUAUCACCACGUGAACAGGACUGUAGACGGUGCCAUGCUCUGGGUGCUUUUAGAGGAGCUGCUUCCUGGGUUCAUGUAUCAAGUAGAAGUAGCAGCUGUCACCAGUGCUGGCGUGGGCACUCGCAGUCAACCUGUCUCCAUCUUUCUCCUGUCCCCAGAUGAUGAGCCUUCCUUGCCCGUGCAGAAGGACGACAGCAUCAGCCUAUCAGAACAGAUCACAGGUAUGGUCAGACAACCGGCCUUUAUUGCUGGCAUGGGUGGAGCUUCCUGGAUGGUCCUGAUGGCUUUUUUUGUGAGGCUUUGCUGGAGGCAUAAGAAGAGGAAAGAGCUUGGCCACUACACGACUUCCUUUGCCUACACACCUGCAGUUGGCUUCACACAUGGUGAUGGAUCGGGUCUUAUCAAUGGAAGACCGUGUUUGCUGGGUCCAAACAUAGAUAAGUACCCUUGGCUUGCCGAUUCCUGGCCAACCAGCAACUUUGCCCACAAUGGAAAGGACUCGAUGAACUGUUGCUCUGCCGGACACGACUCUAACGACAGAUAUUACAACACAGUGGGGAUAUCCAAUUUUCUGAACGAGACAGAACAGUACAGUCCUACAUCCAACGACGGCCCCAUUUACAGCACCAUCAACCCUGCUGAGGAAGAUCAGCCUGACUUGAGCAGUCUCUACACUCAGGGCCCAGACCCUUAUGCCAGCACCCCUGUCCUGACCAAGUCUGACCUCUAUAGCAUGGAUCAGGAUCAGGACCACUGGAGCAUUCAGUCAGGCCACAGCGGACCUGAAUAUGCUAAAUUACAGUACUCCAGGGCAGACAGCGCUAAACUGAAGUCUGUGGGCCAGGCAGCAGGGAUGCCCACUCUCACCUGGACAGAUGUGCUUUCCCUGCCUCCCCCUGCACCCAGGGACCUAAAACACUCCAACAGAAGCAAAAAUGAGAGGCAUCCCAGCUCUGAUGAAGACGAGGACUGGUGCCCGCCUCUGCCCGAGAGGUCAUACCUCAUCGAGGGUCUGGAGGAUUUGCCCCCACUGCCGUUGAGAGAAGAGGACUCUUUUCAUGCCACGACCUACAGUCUGCAAUCCACUGCUACUCUCACUCCAUCACCGCAUGAAGAACAACGACCUGUCUACUCUCGCUUCCAACACCCUGACCUACUGCCCCAAAGGGCCCCACGUGUACCCACUUCACCUUUCACCAUCUUAUCCAACCCUAACUUUAUGGUCAGUCUUGAGAAUUACAAUGCCAGUUUACCACAUCUCACAAGUCACUGGAAGGACAUCGUCCAGAUGGAUGGAGCAGGUUCACACAGCACUGCUACUGGUAUGUGAGAAUUUCAUUCAUUUACGAAUGAGAGAAAGUUCACCUCAUCGCUUAUUCAGAAACCCAGACCCAAAAAGAAAUCAUCAAAAGAUGGACAGCAAAGAAGAGAACCACUGGGGCUUGGAGACCUCCCUCCUCCACCAGAGCCCCCUCCAACAGAGGAGCCAAAGAAGCUCUUGGGAGAUAUACUGGACAGCAGCAGAAUGACCGUGCAGCAUAGAGAGAGAAAAGGAGAGAAUGUCACUGCACACAGGAAAGAACCAGCGCAGUGGAACACAGGGGAUGAGGACCUGUUCCUGUACUGUAAGGCAAGUGACCUGCCAAAAAGCCCAAUGUCCUGCCACUGGUCACCAACCGGCACCUCCUCCUCUCACUCCUCAACAGCAUCUCAUGGCCAGGGAGCAGGCAGGAAGAGACAUAAGAUACCCCUGCAGUGUUUUUACCGUUAG